UGCUGAUUGAAGCAACAGGUCCAUGCCAGUAAAGCGAAGCUGAGUUGUCCAUCUACUUGUAGCUGAUUUAUAAAAGUUUUAGCUUUUUUUCUGUUAAGACGCGCGGUGGUGCAACUGGUUAUCUUCUUCGGGGUGGUGAAGCCACUUUUGACAAAUCCUCCUCAAACCACUAAAUCAAGAAAAACCAUGUGGUGGACCGCCUUAAAAUGGAUCGUCUUCGGAAUGGCCAUGAGCAUGUUGAACGACUCUUGCUGCAAUGCUGCGCCUGCGCCACGUGGUGACGAUAUGUACAGAGAACUGAUGAAGUUGGAUCAGCUGUAUUCCUCCAUUGCCAGACCCAGCCUGCGCAGCCUACCAAUGUCAUCAGAAGUGGGACAAAAGGUGCAGAGGGCACUAAAUAUGCUCAGACUUCAGGAGUUGGAUAACCUGUAUUCGCCCAGGUCGAGACCUAGAUUUGGUAAACGUGGAGAAGGCAACGAGAUACCGAUUAGGGCCAGCAACAUCGCGGAGGAGUACGAUAAUAACCAAAUGCAAUACAGGACCCAAGAGGAUGCCGACAUACAAGACUGGCUACCACUAAGGAGAUGAGAUAUUUUCCCAUAAAUUGUGCUUCAAUCCCUCUAUAAAUUAUUAUUAUAUCCUUCCAUAUAUUCUGUAUUAUUUAUUAUUAUUAGACUAUCGCCCAAUAUAGUUUUCAGUAAUUUUUGUUUACAGCUGCUUCAUUACUUAAGAUACACCCUCUAUAGGUAAUGUCUUGUCUAAUACAUGUAAUAGCUCUCCUAUAGUUAGAAUAAUGAUUAUUGUUAAAUAAUCUGCUAUGUACUACUUCCAUACAUAUUAUAUAUUUUAUCUUAUAAUAUAAAUAAAUAAAUAAAUGCAUAUUUGUGGCUA